AUGGGGAUGAUGAUGAUGAUGAUGAAGCCUGUGCUUGUUCCAGAUUUAGAUUAUAAAUAGUUUAGGUAAGAAAGUUGGUCAAAUUAGACAUUGGGGGUAGGCUUGGGUGGUAUACCGUAUAUAACAAAUACCGGGGUAUUUGGAAAUAGCCACAGAUGUUUUUUUCAAUACUGUCAAUACCGUUGAAACUAUUUCUUUGAAGUUUUUUUUAAAUACAUUUGAAUAUUUGUAGCUACUUUUUAAGUAAAUGCCUGCGGUCAACAUGUGCAAUACGUUAGGAGAUAAAGCACAUUGCGUUCUUCAUUUCACCUGUCACAUUAUUUUCCAUUAUGAAGCUUACCGGUAGUCCCCAGUCACAUGGUGUUGUUUACAAGCACACAACAACGAGAGACCGGAGCCUUGUGAGUCAAUCACUGUUGUGCAGUAAACGCCAGGUGAUCUAGUUACAGUAUGGAAUUCACAACUAAAUGUUUGGCAGCUAGAUACAGUAUCGUAUAACUAUUAAGUUAAUUGUCUAAAAUGUGCUAAAUGCUCUGCAGUUGUGCAUUUGGUUUGCUAAUUUAGUAGCCAGUUAUCUAGAUAAGUGGUGAGCUCCUUGCAAAAUCAAGCUUCUCUUGAUAACAGCAGAGAAUCCCCUCCUGAAACAAGAGCCUUGCUGUCUAAUAUUUGUUUUGUGUGUGCAGCAAACUGUGAGUAGCAUUUUUGAGUUAAUUUUAUAAAUUUAUGGGCUGGGAUGUCUGUCCUGCAAAUAGUUUUGUCAGAGACUGUAUAAAAUGUUUGCAAUGCGAUGGUGCAAGGUUGGUGUGAAGCACAGGAGGUUGGUGGCACCUUAAUUGGGAAGAAUGGUGGAAUGGUAUCAAAGACAUCAAACACAUGGUCUCCAGGUGCUUGAUGCCAUUCCAUUUGCUCCGUUCCGGCCAUUAUUAUGAGCCAUUCUCCCCUCAGCAGCCUCAUGUGGUAUGAGGGUAUGACAAUCUGGAUACCGCCCAAACCUGAUAAGGGGUCUUAGAAAGGAUCACAUUGUCUUUCCAAAUACUCCUAGCUGUCUCACCUCUCCUGCAAUGAUAAUAUAUUUCCGAUAAGGUCUUUCUGAGCAGUUAAUAGUGAUUUUAACAUUAUUAAAAUCAAUAACUGUUUAGAAACCCCCGUGUCCCGGGAGACCCAUGGGGCGGCGCGCAAUUGGCCCAGCGUUGUCCAGGGUAGGGGAGGGAAUGGCCAGCAGGGAUGUAGCUCAGUUGAUAGAGCACGGCGUUUGCAACGCCAGGGUUGUGGGUUCGAUUCCCACAGUGGGUAUGAAUAAUGUAUGCACUAACUGUAAGUCGCUCUGGAUAAGAGCGUCUGCUAAAUGACUAAAAUGUAAAUGUAAUGUCCAUUGACAAACCUAAGACCUUUCAAAUGUAAUUUCUAAUUCUUAAGUAUUCCUGCUGGUCACUUUUCCAGGCAGACAGAUCUACUCAUAUCACACGUUCAUUUAUAAAACUUAAGCACUGUAAAUAAUCACUUAUUUAUGAAAACAAUCAUUUAUUUAUCAGUGCCGCCUUCAUCCUAUGUUUUAAUUUAAUUCCUACUCUCUCUUAGACAUCAGUCCAGUCAUUUCCCUCUACUUCUCUCUUGCUCUAUCUUUUGCUCUCUGUCCCCCUCUCUUUCUUUUUCUCUCUCUCUCUUUCUCUCUCUCACAGUACCCCCCCCCCUCUCUCUCUCUCUCUCUCUCCCCCUCUCGAUCUCUCUCAUAGUCUCUUCCUCCCCCCUUCUUUCCCCUUCUCUCUCUCUAUCCCUCCUCCUCCUCACCCCACCUCUCUUUUUCUCCCCCUCAUCUCUCUCCCUCUACCUCUCUCCUCUCUCUGUUCUCUUCCCCCUCCUCCUCUACUCUGCUGCAAUGUCGAGGGUUUUCAUAUUGGUGCAGUGUUUAAAGAUGUCCUCAGACCAUUGCAGUGUUGAUGCUCAGAUCAUCAUUCAUAAUGCUAUGUGUGUAGUACUAUAGCACUGUUUCGGAAGUCAUAUUAUGAUAUGUCUUUGUGUCAUAGUGGGCUGUUUGUAUGGCGAUGUGCUCUGUAUUCUGAUUUUGAAACAGAAGAGGUCUGUGUGUGUGUCUGGGUCUGUCUGUGUGUAUGUGUAUGUGUGUGUGUGUGUGUGUGUGUGUGUGUCUGGGUCUGUCUGUGUGUGUCUGGGUCUGUCUGUGUGUGUGUGUGUGUGUGUGUGUGUGUGUGUGUUAGAGCUCAGAACAAUAUAGCCUUCAAGACAACCCCAUUGCCUCAGUGUGACUGAAAACCAACUACUAAGUGUUCUCCUCACAGCACUACCCUCGUCACUGUCACUGUCACGUUUACAUCUGGUCAGGUAGACCAGGGCUGUGUCUGAAAUGGAACCCUAUUCUCUAUGUAGUGCACACAUUUUAAGCAGGGCCCAUGCAUCCCCAUUCUCCACCCUUCUCCCUAAGUGUGCACUUGCACACUUCCCUGCAUAAAUUUAAAAGCAUUGGAUUGGUGUAAGCAUUGGCUGGAGGAGAGUUUCCACCAUUGUUAAACACAUACACUUCAGGAGAAGGGUGGAGGUAGAGAUUUGGCCAUCCCUUUGAUUUGACCUCUACCAGAGGGGCUGUCUGCCAGUCCAUCUCCAUCAGUAGGUGUGUUGUUAGUCUGACUGGGUCCCAAAUGGCACCCUAUUCCCUAUAUAGUGCACUACCUUUGACCAGGACCCUGCACCCUAUUCCCCUACAUGGUGCACUACUUUUGACCAGAGCCUUAUGGGUCCUGGUCAACAGUAGUGCACUAUCUAGAGAAUAGAGUGCCAUUUGGGACACAGCCAUACUGUAUCAUCUCAGGAACUCCCUAGGGAGCUUUAAUAUGCGUUAAGACGUGAUGUGAUGAAUUAACCUACAGGGUUCUCUCCUGUGUCCCCAAAAGUGUCCCCAAAAGUGGAGCUUGAGUGCUUCAGGAUGGCGAGGCAGGUGACAUCACAGGCGAUGGGCGGCGGUGUCUCUAGUCGGCACAGAAACGGGUCUCCUCAUCAUCAGCGUUUCCAGGCCACAGUGAGAUGAGAUGAGGCUUGUUAAAUGAGUUCAUGUUAAUAGGCUGGGGGAAUUAAGCAGUUCUCCCAGGAGCAUCCAGACCACUCAUUUGGGCUGUGUUUUUUAAAAUUAAUCUGUCAUGAGAAGAUUGACCCGACUGCUGCUAUUUGAGACGCAUCCUCAAAGACAUCUAUAAUAUAAUGUACUGUAGUAAAGGUAUAUAUACACUGGAGCCAAUGUCGGUUGAGUGUGUGUAGGUUUUUUUAUUUUUGGAAAUUAGAGGGAUGCGUGUGCAUGCGUGCCUGUAUGUUUAAAAUGUGCAUAAUAUGAAAUGCAAGCUCCCUAUCUGGAUAUACAUGUUUCUCUCUAUACUGAGAUCUGAGCAGGCAUUUUGCAAGACGACUGCUACUCUGCAGCCAGGGCUCUGGAAGGACCCCGAUACAUUCAGGCAGCUUACUGCAUAGACCAGAGAGAGAGGGAAAGGGAGAAAGAGAGAGAGAGACGGAGGAGGAGGAGGAGUGUGGAGGUAUGGGAGAGCUAAAGAUCGAGAGAGAGAGAGAGAGAGAGAGAGAGAUUUCUGUGAGAAAGAAAGGGGAGGAGGAAGAGGAUAGCGAGGGAACAGAGAGGAGGGGAGGGGAACGCUGCAGAGGGGGAAACAGCAGCAGCACCACACACACACGUAUAUAAGUGACUGUAAUGACGUGUUACAUAAAGGGAAUUCAUUGGGUGGCAGGGACAGAGAAAGAGAGGCAGAGAGAAAGAGGGGCAGAGACAGAGGGUCAGUGAAAGAGAGGCAGAGAGAGGCAGAAAGAGAGGCAGAGAUGCAGAGAGAGGCAGAGAGGCAGAGGGAGAGGUAGAGAAAGAGAGGCUGGGCGAUAUGGCCUAAAAAUCAUACCUCGAUUUCUUUCAAACUUCACAAUAUGUAUCUUGAUUUUUUAAAAAUGAUUUCUCUAAAUAAGCUUUGUUGUACAAUUAAAGGUAAAAUACACUGCAUUUGGAACAGUCAGCAACAAUUUAAUGAAUUCAGGGGUUGUGAAAUUAUACCUUGGCGACCUAGGCCACAAUAAUAAGACCCACUAAUAAUGUAAUUAUUUUAUCAAAAUAGUUUAACUGUCUAUGAAAAUGCCCUUUUUGUUACACAUUUUACCAGAACCAUUCAUAAUGCACAUUCACUAAUAAUGAUCAACUUCUUGUAGCAGGCAUUAUAGAAAAUUAACACAGGUCUCAUAAACAAUCUCUGAAGUACAAGGCCAUGUGCUAGUGAGUAGCCAGCUAAUCUUUAUAUUUAAAGUCUAGCCAACUUGGAUCUAUUUGCUAACUAACAAGGUAGAACAGUUGAAUUGUUAUGAACACACCCUUCUGUCCAUCUCCUACUGUUUGAACAGCAUGCUAGCCUGUCCACUUUGUUCUUAAGUUUUGGUGUUUGCGUCUUUUACUUUUGGUUUUGUACACCAGCUUCAAACAGCUUAAAAUACCCCAAAAAUUGUUAAUGAUGGUACAAUGAUUCUCUACACUAUACUUGCUUGUUUUGUCACAUAAACUGAAAUUAGGCGAACUAUUAGAGUUUUAGCAACCAGGAAAUGGCGGAGCGAUUUCUGCAUAGUGCAUCUUUUAAGUUUUCCUCUAUUACUUUAAAAUAAUGUCUCAAUGUGUUUCGGUGUCCAUAUGAGCGAUUCUGUUGGACCAAACCACAAAUGCAAAUGGCGAGUUGAAACCGCAUGUUGUCAGAGAGGAAGAAGUGAUUUCCCCUAUUUGUUGUUCUCAGUGGCAGGGGGAGGAGUUUGGUGUUUGUGUGUAAAUUGGAAGGUGCACAGUCACAGCAGAAGGAGCGAGACCAAAAAGAGAACACGGUUAGGUUUGGUUGAGGCUGGCCUGAAGUUGGGUUAUGUUGAGUUGAAGCUGGAUUGAGGUUGGGUUAGGUUGUGUUGAGGUUGGGUUAUGUUGGGUUGGGUUGGGUUGAGUUGAAGCUGGGUUGGGUCGGGUUAGGUUGGGUUUAGGUCGGUUGUGUGAGAGAGAGUGAGGUUUCGUGUGCCUGAGAUGAACAGAUACUAUUGAUCCAGAGGGGCCGAUAGGAGAAAAGGCCUGGUGCUUUAAACAGGCACGCCGGCUCAAUCGAUAGACAUUUAUCUAUGUGAGCGAACAUGACAUCUCUGUUUUCAUAAUGGUGGCCGCGUAUUGCCCACAGCGUCGUAACUCACUAACCCCCAUCUCUCUCUCUCUCUCUCUCCCUCUCUUUCUCUCCCUCGCUCUCUAUUCAUCUCCCUCUUCCUCUUUCCACCUCUCUCUGUCUCUACUGUACAGUCACUCUCCAUCUUGAACCCCCCUCUCUCACCGUUUUCUACCUCCGCCUCUCUUUUCCCCCAGCUCUUUCUCUCUCUCCCUCUCUCUCUCUUUCUGUCUCAGUGCAGUGUCAAUGAGAUUGCAGCAUUCAGUAUGCUCAUACUGUAUUAGCUGCUUCCCUCCCUCCCCCCUCUCUCUCUCUCUCUCUCUGGUGUGUAUUUUUGGUCUGUUGUUCGUGGUCUCUGGCGCCACCUAUCUUCCGUAUAUUAUCAGAAGCACAGGUCUGAAUGCACACUACGGUACCACUGCAAUGACCCAAAACGCAGCACAGCACAGCCACCCUUCACUGUAUAUAGCUACCUAUCAGAGAACAUUAAUUUAGCUUUCAGCAAAUGUUUAUUUACAUUCACUGUCAGCUGAUAGGCCAAAGCUAUGGGUCUAUUCUCAUUGAAGAGAAUUAAGGAGAAUUCAGAGAGAUUCUAGGCUAUCUAUUCUCGAGAGACAUUACUGUAAUGUGAACUUGCGUAUUUCUCACGUCUCGAAUGCUACCUCCGGAGGUCACGCACGACACUCGUCCGACAGUUGCCCCCCUCUAAUCAGGGGAGUGUAAACAGAAUUGACUCCUUGAGCCCAACAUUCAUACAGGAAAAAUACUAAUAGCAGAGCAAUGUUUUUGAAACAGCUGAAAUGUACAGACAUUUUCAUUAUAUUUUAAACUAGUUUUAUGGCGUUUUCACCUGAAAUUGCAUUAACAACCUGUUACAUUCUGAAAUUGUCGCCGUAGCUUUAAAAAAGGGAAGCUCAACUUUGUUGACUUACAUGAUACUAAUAAAAAUGUACUUUUAUAUUCCUAUGAAAGGGGUGAACGUUCAUGUUUGAUAUGCUAACAUUACUAGCUAGCUAGCCCAAUAAUGUCUGAAAGGAUCCAAGGACCUUACGUGUUCUGUUUAAAGGGGAAUUAGCUCUGGAAGCCAAAACAGCCUAACACUCCAUCUCAAUUGCGGUACGGUUCUAGAAACAUAAAUCCCUCUACUUUCAUAUCACAUCAAAAUAAUUUCACAAAUGCAAAGGUUUUAACACAGUUGCAGCAGACAGUAUUUUCCAGUGACAACACGUUUGUGGUGUCCAUCUUCCGUUUACACACAGGUAUUCAGAGAUGCAGAUAAAUAAUUAGCACAGGUAGUCCACUAUUUCUUCCGUCUGUUUUCCGUAAACAUGCGCUGUAACAUGGAAAUAUGGCUGUGUGUGAACCUUAACCCUAUUAAGGUGUGUAGUAAUUGAACUUAUUAUUAUUUUAUGUUUUCCGCUGAUAUGAAAGAUAUGUUACUUAUGUUUCCAAAACCGUACUGCAAGCGAUGCAUGUUAAUUUUUAGAGGAAGCGUCGGACCUCAUAACAAAACUCCCCUGGUCAGAAGAUACUAUCGUCAAUAGGCGAUAAAUCAGUUACCGUCUAUGAAUGGGGUACUAGCUAGUUAGCUGUGUUAUUGUCUUGCAAGCUACAUUUAAUGCGUGUACUAACGAGAAAAUAAACCCUUUAAUUGUCUGCACAUGCGUGUGAAUUUUUGCAUUAUUCAAGAGUAAUAUGGUUUGGUUGCAUUAUUCAAGAGCGUAGCUAAUACGUUUUUGCCACAAAGUCAUAAAAUCUUAAUUUAAACCUAACCCACACUGCUAACCCUAAUGCCUAACCCUAACCUUAAAUAACCCUAACCUUAACCACACUGCUAACCCUAAUGGCUAAACCAAUAUAGCAGCUCAGUGAAAACAAUUAGGCUAAUCUAUAUUUCCAUAGCUAGGCCUAUUUCCUAUUUUUGAAGAUCAAUGGGUAUUAAAUUAAUUGGAAUGACAGAAAAUCUGACAGACUCUGUUGUUCAAUUUUUAUGUAAAGAUAUAGCCUAAUCGUAUUAUUAUCUGUAGUAGAAAGCAAUGGGUUAGAAGAAGCCUACAUAACCAACCCAUGAAGUAAAAAUGCAACAUCUCUUGAUGGCCAGCAAUGUAAACUCUAACAUUGAUUUAUCUUGCAAAAGAUGUUCAAUUGUUAAUAUAAAUGUUUGUCUUCUUCUAAUGCCUCUUAAGCAGGUUGACGUUUAUGAGUCUUGUCCUUGAGGCAGAACGGAGUGAUUUCAGCUAAUUUGGUGUGUCAUCAUAUUGGUCUCCGACUUGUGGUCAGACUCGCUUAGGCGGAACAAACUUACAUUUGCACCUUUAUUCAAUGCUGAUUUGAAUGUCAUUGAAAAAACAGAAAGGUGUCAAAUAAUUUUUUUGAACUUAUUUUCUGAAUGUAAAAGUAAUCCUAGAAGUAAUCAUCUAGUUUUUCAAAAGUAUCUGUAAUCUGAUUACGAUAUCUUUGCUGGUAACAUAACGAAUUACAGUCACAGUUUUUUUUAUAAUCCAUGUAAUCCGUUACUCCCCAAUCCUGACUGCAUGGUUGUUAUGUGGUUUGUUCAGUUGGACUAUGAAGUUCAUCAGAGUUUCUGUGUAAUUGUUGGCUUUAGACCUAAAACUGUCUAAAACAGAUCAAUUCAUGCAAAGUGGAAACCAUUGGUGUUUUUUAGCAGUUUAGGUUAACCUCUGUUGCUGCAUGUUUUCUGUGAUACAGUAUGUGAAUUACAUUCAUCUGUAAAUCGAUGUGAUCCUUUGGGCUAGGCUUCUGUGAGAAUUCAAUGAGCCCAAGAAACAUAAUCCUGUAACAGGCAACUAAGUAAACAAACUUGAACCUAACCGUUUUUCUCUGUCCUUCUCUCUACCUCUCUCCUCUCCUCCAGUACUGUGCGUUCCUCUCACUCCUGUUCAUCCUCAUCUCCAUCACCACCUUCUGCCUGGAGACGCAUGAGGCCUUCAACACCAUCUACAACAAGACGGAGAACGUGACGGUGGGCAAUGUGACGCGCGAGGAGAUAGUCUACGAGGUGGUGACCGACGGCUGGCUCACCUAUGUGGAGGGAACGUGCGUCAUCUGGUUCACCAUUGAGGUCAUGAUGCGCGUGAUCUUCUGCCCCUGCAAGAAGGAGUUCUUCAGUAGCACCCUCAACAUCAUUGACUUUAUUGCUAUCAUGCCCUUCUACCUGGAGGUGGCACUGAGUGGUCUGGAUUCCAAAGCUGCCAAAGACGUGUUGGGCUUCCUGCGAGUGGUGCGCUUCGUCCGGAUCCUGCGUAUCUUCAAGUUGACGCGUCACUUCGUGGGCCUGCGGGUGCUGGGCCACACGCUCCGCGCCAGUACCAACGAGUUCCUCCUCCUCAUCAUCUUCCUCGCCCUCGGAGUGCUCAUCUUCGCCACCAUGAUCUACUACGCCGAGCGCAUCGGCGCCGACCCUGACGAUCCUACGGCCGCCAAACACACAAACUUCAAGAACAUCCCCAUUGGCUUCUGGUGGGCCGUGGUCACCAUGACCACUCUGGGCUAUGGGGACAUGUACCCCGAGACGUGGUCGGGGAUGCUGGUGGGGGCGCUGUGCGCCCUGGCGGGGGUACUGACCAUCGCCAUGCCUGUUCCCGUCAUCGUCAACAACUUUGGCAUGUACUACUCACUGGCCAUGGCCAAGCAGAAGCUGCCCAAGAGGAAGGGCAAGCACAUCCCUCGGCCCACCAUGCCGGGCUCGCCCAACUACUGCAAGCCAGACGCCCUGGCCAUGGCCACCGCCGGGCCGGGUAUGGUGGGCUCAGGAAGCCUGGGGGGAGGGGACUGCCCUCUGGCCCAGGAGGAGAUCAUCGAGAUCAACAGGACAGGUGAGUAAAGCAGGGGAGGGAGGAGAGGGAUGGAGGGAGGGAGAGAAGGGGAGGAGAGGCGUGCGUGCGUGCGCCUGUGUGUGUGUGUGUGUGUUUGUGUGUGUGUGUGUGUGUGCUGAUGCAGUAUAUUUGAAAUCUAUCUAGAGUGACUGACUGCUGGUGACCUGCAGCAUCCCUCACACUAAUAUUACAAUAUUAUGAUCAAAUUACCCCGAUCACUCUCUCGACAUGAUGUGGUGUCUCUGCUUGUCUCUGAGUCCCAUAUAACUAACCCAAAGUACCAAAACAUAUACCCCAUGUCUGAAUCCCUGUACUGUACUUUAACUGAUAAAGAAAACCCAUAACAUACUGGGACAGUCUUAAAUAGCACUCUGUCAGAUUAUGGUUCCCAACCAUCAGAAUCCUCCCUUUCUACCAUGACCGCAUGUGUGGGUAUGUGGUGUGUGUGUGUGUGUGUGUGUGUGUGUGUGUGUGUGUGUGUUUCCAUCGCUCUCCAGUCUGUAGAAUUAACCCGAUUUAGAGAGUGUGGGGAGAAAUGAAGUGGAUCUGUAACCAUGUUAAAUAGGGAAGCUGAGGCCGCGCACACACACACACACACACACACACACACACACACACACACACACACACACACACAAGCUGAUGAAGUCAUAUAGACUCCGUAACUCUGUAUAGAGCAGGGUGAUCCCAUAAUCUAACCCCCUCCACCCUCAUCCUUCUCUCUCUGCUGGGGAGCUCUCAACACGUCGGCUUUAACGUUUAUAAAUAUUUGGUUAGGAAGAUUGGCCUGUCAAAACGCUGUUUGACAGUGGACAGAAAUGUAAUUAAACUUGAAGAGUAGAGUGGGGGUGGUGGGGGGUGAUGGGUGGAGGGGUGGGGGGGGUGGAUUGGGAGAAGGAUUAGUUAUGACAAGAGAGUUGAGAAGCAUGUAAAAUGGCAUUAGAGAGGGCCCUUCAAUUUACACACGUAGGCUACUCAGAUCCUGAUACAUACACGCUCGCACGCGUGCACUCACGCGCACACACAGGUGCAUGUGCACACACACACACUAGGGAUGGGCACGAGUACUCAAGUACUGGAUUCGGUGUUUUGUAUUCAAUUUAAUAAUUGAGUAUUCAAAAUGUUCAAAUGUAACUAUUUAGCAGCUUACAUUUAAAAGCGCUGACAAAAUGUCUGUAAGAUGUGAGUAUGUCAAGGGCAGUGAAUGUUAAAGUUGUGUAUCAGAACAACCAGUAGUUGGAACAACCGAUGGCAUACCGCAAGCUUUUUUUGCCUUCAACCAUGUUUAACGCAAAAAUGCAACAGACACACACACACACACACACACACACACACACACACACACACACACCACACACACACACACACACACACACACACACACACACACACACACACACACAGUCUUGUACAGCUAACCUUGUGGGGACACACAAUUCAGUCCCAUUCAAAAUCCUAUUUUCCCUAAACCUAACCCUAACCCGUACUCUUACCCUAACCCUAACCCUAACACUAACCGUAACCCAAAAACCUAACCUUAACCCUAAACCUAACCCUAACCCGUACUCUUACCCUAACCCUAACCCUAACCCUAACACUAACCUUAACCCAAAAACCUAACCUUAACCCUAAACCUAACCCUAACCCGUACUCUUACCCUAACCCUAACACUAACCUUAACCCAAAAACCUAACCUUAACCCUAAACCUAACCCUAGCUCGUAACCCUAACCCUAAAACUAACCCUAGCUCCUAACCCUAACCCUACACACACACACACACACACACACACACACACACACACACACACACACACACACACACACACACACACACACAUUUGUACAUCAUAUAGGCCUAUUUCCCUCUUGCACUAGCAACCCCCUACACUAGUAAUAAAUAGGCUUUUUUUUGUGUGUGUUUGUGUUUGUAGGGACAUGUCAGUGCCGAAAGAGCUCCUUCUGUCAGCACUGCUUACAGCCCAGGAGAGGAGACAAGUGUAGCUCAGUUGGUAGUCCCGUGUAGAUCAGUUGGUAGAGCAGGGUUGUAGGUUCGAUUCCCACGGGGGACCAGUACCAAAAAAGUAUUAAAAUGUAUGCACUCACCACUGUAAGUUGCUCUGGAUAAGAGCAUCUGCUAAAUGACUAAAAUGAGAAGAGGGUGUGGAGGAAGGGAGGAUUGGAGGGGAGGAUGUAGAGGUAAAGAGGGGAUAAGAGAGGAUUGGAGGGGUGGGUGUGGAGGAGAAGAGGGGAUAAGAGAGGAUUGGAGGGGUGGGUGUGGAGGUAAAGAGGGGAUAAGAGAGGAUUGGAGGGGUGGGUGUGGAGGAGAAGAGGGGAUAAGAGAGGAUUGGAGGUGUGGGUGUGGAGGGGAUGUAGCUCAGUUGGUAGAGCAUGGCGUUUGCAACGCCAGGGUUGUGGGUUCGAUAAAAAAAUAAUGUAUGCACUAACUGUAAGUCGCUCUGGAUAAGAGCGUCUGCUAAAUGACUAAAAUGUAAAUGUAAAAUGAGGAGAAGAGGGGAUAAGAGAGGAUUGGAGGGGUGGGUGUGGAGGAGAAGAGGGGAUAAGAGAGGAUUGGAGGGGUGGGUGUGGAGGAGAAGAGGGGAUAAGAGAGGAUUGGAGGGGUGGGUGUGGAGGAGAAGAGGGGAUAAGAGAGGAUUGGAGGGGUGGGUGUGGAGGAGAAGAGGGCGCUACAAAACGUAACAAAUACAAAAAGAAUGGCAAGGCUUUGACCCUCAUCUCUUUCCUGUUAAUCUACCUUUCAAUCUCAGUUUCUUUCUUUCUUUCUUUCUUUCUUUCUUUCUUUCUUUCUUUCUUUCUUUCUUUCUUUCUUUCUUUCUUUCUUUCUUUCUUUCUUUCUUUCUUUCUUUCUUUCUUUCUUUCUUUCUUUCUUUUACUCUAUCUAGGCUCAGUCUGUUUGAAAGUUGUAGGGCCGGUUUCCGGGAAACAGAUUAAGCCUAGUCCUAGACUAAAAAACUAUUUCAAUCAAGAAUUUCCAUUGAACAUGCUUUUUAGUCUAGGACUAAGCUUAAUCUGUGUCUGGGAAACUGGCCCCUGAAGUCUAAGGCCGUGUCCGAAUACCCAUACUUAGUCCUAAAUAGUAUCAAAUAAAAUAAACUUUUAUUUGUCCCAUGUGCCGAAUACAACAGGUGUAGACCUUACCAUGAAAUGUCCUUAACAAACAAUGCAGUUCAAGAAAUAGAGUUAAGAAAAUAUAGACUAAAUAAACUAAAGUAAAAAAUUAAAUAAAAAGUAACACAAUAAAAUAAUAAUAACGAGGCUAUAUACAGGGGGUACCGGUACGGAGUCAAUGUGCAGGGGUACAGGUUAGUCGAGGUAAUUUGUACAUGUAGGUAGGGGUAAAGUGACUAUGCAUAGAUAAUAAACAGCGAGUAGCAGCAGUGUCAAUGUAAAUAGUCCGGGUGGUCAUUUGAUUAAUUGUUCAGCAGUCUUAUGGCUUGGGGGUAGAAGCUGUUAAGGAGCCUUUUGGACUUAGACUUGCCGUGCGGUAGCAGAGAGAACAGUCUAUGACUUGGGUAACUGGAGUCUUUGAAAAAUGUUUUGGCCUUCCUCUGACACGCCUAGUAUAUAGGAAGCUUGGCCCCAGUGAUGUACUGGGCCGUACACACUACCCUCUGUAGUGCCUUACAGUCGGAUGCCAAGCAGUUGCCAUACCAGGAGGUGAUGCAACAGGUCAGGAUGCUCUCGAUGGUGCAGCUGUAUAACUUGUUGAGGAUCUGGAGACCCAUGCCAAAUCUUUUCAGUCUCCUGAGGGGGAGUAGGCCAUUUUGAUUAUGUGAAAAAAAAAAAAAUUAUACUAUGUGAAUUUUCAGAAAUCGAUUAUACAUUAAAUGCCAGAUGUCAUACUCAUUUUGUUUUUUUUUCUAGUAGAAUUCGCUGCACACUAUUGAGGAAGAGAAUCAUAUUUUCACACCCACGUGUGUUCGACAACAGCUGAAAAUGAAUGAUUAGAAAUAAGAACACGAGAAAGUAAGUAAACUAUAUACAGGGUCAGUUCCAGGGUCAAUGCCAAUAACAAAUUUACAAUUGAAAAUAUAGCCUGACAUGUUGCUCUUGUAUUGUUUUGACUGUCACAACAGUUUAUGCUGCUGAGGCAUCUGGUCUCCAUGUUGCCUCCUGACAAAAGCUAGUCAGAUGUACUAAACCUGCCAUCAAAAACAACAGCAUCAAGGAAGAUAAAAGAUGGCAUUUUCUUUUUUUCUAAUUUGCUCUGCUUGGCUGUCAACUGGUGCGUGGCUGUAUACUUUUGAUAAAUAAUGCAGGUAUAAACAGGUAAAUACAACAAAUGUUUCCAGAUUCAUCCAGAAUAUCACAGUGUUCAAACAUGUAGCUAUUUGGACAUGAGAGGGCGGAAGGUAAGAAGAGGUAGACAGGGGGAGAGAAAGUGGUGGAGGGGGAAAGAGGGAGGGAGGUAAGAAGAGGUAAGGAGGGACAGAGUGUAUAGUGAUCUUCAUGAAGCCUCUUACUUUAAUGAAUAUUUGACCUCUUAAUGUUCCGACGCCCCCUGGCUCCACUACCAGGUGUUGCAACAGCAUCGUGUUAUACGCCUGUUUGAACACACACACAUGCUCACAGACAUAUGCACGCACGCAAGCACACACACACGCUCAAUGACAUCUACUGCACACACACACACACGCUCACAAAUACACACACACCUCUCUCCCUCUCUCACCCCUCUCCCUCUCUCUGUAAUAUGCUAUUUACUGAAUUUCUCUCUCUUUCUCUCUCACACUCCGUCUCUCUCCAGCUCUCUUUCUCAUUUACUCUCUGCAAUCUCAGUUCCUUUCUCUCAGUCUCUCUCUCUGUCUCUCUCUCUUUCUCUUUCUCUCUCUUCUCUCCCCCCCCCCUCCCUCUCGCUGUCUCUCUGCAUCUCUCUGUGUGUCGUUGUGAGGUUUGGCCCUCUGGGUUAUUUCUGUAAAUUGUUGAGCAGUAACUCACGUCAAAUUAGAUUUGACAGCUGUGUCGGAAGCUAUAAGCACAAGUUACCCCGCAGCAUCUCCCCGUGAGUGUGCGCGCGCGCGCGUGUGUGUGAUUAUCUACUCUGUAUAGUAUCUCUCAGUUCCCCCUCUCUUUCUCUCCCUCCUCCCCUUCUCUUUCUCUUGCUCUCCCUCUCUCUCUUUUGCUGUGUGUGUGUUAAUGUAAUGAUGCUCAGCUCAGUGUGUGUGUGUGUCAGUGUGUGUGUGGACCUGGAGAGGCUGGGCUCCUGCCUCCCCUCCUCCACUGCAGUGUUUUGGUCACACCUUCUAUACACUCUUGCAUUUAACAAUCUCAUCCCCUCUCUUCUAUUCAUUUCACCCUUUAUCUUCCUGCCCCUCUCUCGCUCUUACACAUCACCCUCUUCUAUUUCUCCUUCUUCAUUCCUGUCCUUCUCUACUUCCUUGUUCUUACUCACACCUUAAACCUAAUUGAUCUUGUUGUCAUACCUUUCCCCAUCCCCCCCUUUUCCUGCUACUUAUUUAUUUCUCUGCCUUCUCUCCUCUCCAUUUAUCCCCCUCUUCUUACACAUUCUUCCUCCUCCCCUUCUCUUCCUUUCUCUUUCUACCUCCCCACUUUAUCUUUCUCCUGCCAUCAACAUAUUUUCUCUCUUCCUCCUCUCCAUCCUUUUAUCUCUCUCCCACCCUUCUCCUUCCCCUUUCCCUUACACCCCACCCCUCCACCUUCUCUUUCUUCCUCCCUACUUAUUUCUCCCUCUGUCCUUCCCUACCUCUUCUCCCUUCCACCCCUCUCUCCCACCUCCUCACCCUUCUCUGUCGACCCUCCUUACCUCUUCUUACACGCCUCCUUGUCUCCCCCCUCCCUCCAACUCCUCCCUCCCCUAUCUCUCUCCUCCUUCCCCUCUCGCCCCUCUCUUCUUCCCCCUCCCCUUGUCCCCUCCAGAUUCCAAGCAGAAUGGCGACGCGGCCAACGCAGCCCUGGCUAACGAGGACUGCCCCACCAUAGACAUGGUGCUUGGGGAGGAGAGAAGUCCUGCCACUGGGGGUCUGGGCACCGGCGGGAGCCGCGAGCGCUAUCCCCAUGACCGAGCCUGCUUCCUCCUCAGUACCGGAGAGUUCCGUGCCACAGACGGCAACGUGAGGAAAGGUACGCCCGGGUCAGGCUCAGGGUCAGGGCCAGGGUCAGAGCUGGGGUCAGAGUCAGGGCCGGCGCUCCGCCAUACCCAAAGGUUCAGUAGCUCGACACUCAGCAGCUCAACACUCACUGUGUGCUCAUGACACUCCCAUACACACAUGUACACAUACACAUACACACACACACAUACACAACUAUACACUUCAGAGCUGGUUCAAGUACCUUAGGUCAAAUACUUUCAUUAAACUUAACAGUAUUUGAGGUGUGCUUGAUUCAGCUUGGGGUUUGCACUUUUGGAACUAUUCCAUUGGUUCCAUCGUACCAGGCAAACGUAAUCAAUUGCAGCUCUUGGAAUAAUCUGACUUCCAAUUCACACAUACAUAUACACGCACGCACGCACGCACGCACGCACACACACACACACACACUAAGUAAACACCUCCUCUCCUCUCCCCUGACCCUCCCCCUCCUCAUAUUUCUCAUAAUCAUUUUGACUGACAGUCACAGACCCUGCCCACAAUAUCCACAGGCAGUUUUGAGCUGUCUCACUCUCCAGACCUUCCUAUAUGAACUGGGUUAUGCCACAUUAUGGCAUAAGUGAAAUAUCAAUGGAUUGAUAUUUUGUCGGACCAGUUCCCACAUGCUGUUUUCAAUAACAUUGGCACCACACGUCUACUACUGUAUAUCUAAAUGUGCUGUGGUGCUUUCUAUUACCAUUUUGGACACUGGAGUUAUAAAAUAACAAAUAGGUAUUAUUGUCUGAGUUUGGUACAUAUCAAUACAAUAUCAAUACAUAUCAGUACAUAUCAAUAGUGGUCCAUUGUAGCUCAGUUGGUUGAGGUUUAAUGCACAUUUUCACAGCCUGUUCUGAAACGAGAUCAGUACAGUACGAUCACUGACUGAAUAGCUAUCACACUGCAUCUGGCUGUCAAUCUGUCUUCUACUGCCUGUAGUCAUUCUUUCUAUCUAUCUAUCAUCUAUCUAUAUAUCUAUCUAUCUAUCUAUCUAUCUACUAUCUAUCUAUCUAUCUAUCUAUCUAUCUAUCAUCUAUCUACUAUCUAUCAUCUAUCUGAUCUAUCUAUCUAUCUAUCUAUCUAUCUCAUCUAUCUAUCUAUCUAUCAUAUCUAUCUAUCUAUCUAUCUAUCUAUCUAUCACUUAUCUAUCUAUCUAUCUAUCUAUCUAUCUAUCUAUCUAUCUAUCUAUCUAUCUAUCUAUCUAUCUAUCUAUCUAAUCUAUCUUAUCUAUCUUAUCUCAUUCUGGCUCUCAUUUAUUGGUCACGCUUUCUUUCUCUUUGUCUCUCUCUCCUCUCCACACCCUGUCUGCUUGCAAUUGCUCCACCAAUCCAUUCCUCCUCCCCUCCAUUUCUCCAUGCUUUCUCACUGGACAUGCAUGCUCUUUUUCAUUUAACUUUUAUCACUCACCUGCUUCUUCUUUCACCUGACAUCCCCAUGGUUCUACCUCCAACAAUCCAACCCCUUCCACCCAACAUUUUGUACCUCAACCUAAAACUAACCCCCCGCCCGGCCUUCCCCUGACGUCCCCGGUCACAAAUACACUCCUCUACAAACCCCACUCCAACACUCCCCUCACAACAAACACCAGACGCUGCAGCGGCCAGCCCGGCAUCCCCCCCAGGAGAGGAGUGGUUCAAGCCAGAGGGGCCUCUGCUACAGCAGGACCUCAAUGCAAACUCCGCCUCCUCCUGGAUCAAACCAUAGCGAUACAGAGGUAACACAAAAGACACAUACAGAAGUUUGGUUGAAAGCACAAUGAGGAAACACACAGUAACACACAGUAACAUGGCAAGCGUGCGCACGCACACACAUACACACAUGCACAUGCACACACACACGCACACAAACCACAGCAAAGCACACACACACAUGAAGCAACAUGGCACCCCCCCCCCCCCCCCCCACACACACACACACACACACACUGAAAGGUUGUAUGUUUAAGAAUGCAUGACAGUUAAUUGCUUGUUACAGUAAAGCUUUCAAGUUUGGUUCAGCAUUUUUAUGGUGGAUUAUGGUCCUAAGUGUAGGGUGGGAGGGUAAAUGUAUGUGUGUGUUUGUGCCCGGGUGCGUGUGUGCGCGUGCAUAUUUGUGUGUGUUCGUGCACGGGUGCGUGUGUGUGCGUACUCUAUGUGUGUUUGUGUGUGUGUGCAUACUGUGCCCUCCUGAAUUAUUGGCACCCUAGGUAAAUACUGUAUGAACAAAAAAAGGCUGUGAAAAAAUGUAAUCGUUGUGUAUCAGCCUGAUCUUACACUCAAUGUAUCAUAUGAAUCUAACCUUUAAUUGAGUUAAAAUUGUUCCAAAAAAUAAUAAUAGUCAUCAAGAAAUAAAUAUUUUAUUCAAAAACAUGCAUGUCACAAUAAUUGGCACCCCUGCAUUUAGUACUUUGUGCACCCUCCCUUUGCCAAGAUAACAGCUCUGAGUCAUCUCCUAUAAUGUUUGAUGAGGUAGGAGAACACAUAAGAAGGGAUUCGAGACCAUUCCUCUAUACAGAAACUCUCCAGAUCCUUCAGUCCUUGGUCCUCGCUUGUGGACUCUCCUCUUCAGCUCACCCCACAGGUUUUCAAUGGGGUUUAGGUCAGGGGACUGGGAUGGCCACUGAAAAAGCUUGAUUCUAUGGUCAGUGAACCAUUUGCGUGUGGAUUCAGAGGUAUGCUUUGGAUCGUUUUCCUGCUGGAUGACCCAGUUUUAGCCUCCUGGUAGAGGCAGACAGGUUUUCGCCUAAAAUCUCCUGGUGCUUGAUGGAGUCCAUGAUGCCAUGUAUCCUAACAAGUUUCCCAGGGCCUUUGGAAGUAAAACAGCCCCACAACAUCACAGGUCCACCACCAUACUUCACAAUGGGGAUUAGCUUAUUUUCUGCAUGACCAUGGCUCUUUUUACGCCUAACCCACCUCUGGUGUUUGUUGCCAAAAAGCUCUAUGUUAGUCUCAUCAGACCAUAGAACCUGGUUCCAAUCAAUGUUCCAAUCAAUGUUCCAAUGACAUUUAGCAAACCCCAGGUGCUUAAGCUUGUGGUUUGGUGACAGCAGAUGUGGCAACCCUUCCAAAUAACUUGUUGGCAUGAAGGUGGCGUCUAAUUGUAGUUUUGGACAGUUGUUGACCCCAAGAUGUAACCAACUUUGGCAAUUCUCCAACUGUGAUCAUUGGAGAUUUGUUUGCCUCUUGAACCAUCCUUCUCAUUGUGCGUGGGGGCAAAAUAAAGUUGCGUCCUCUUCCAGGCAGGAUUAUCACAGCUCCAGUUGUUUUACAUUUCUUAAUUAUUGCCCUAAUAGUGGAGAUGGGUAUUUUCAGGCGUCUAGCUAUCUUUUUAUAGCCAUUGCCUGAUUUGUGAAGGUCAGCAACCUUUAAUCUCAUUUCAUUUGUGUGUUCUCUGGCCUUUCCCAUGUUGAUGGAUGACUAAGGGAGUUUAGCCUGUGUGUCACCUCAUAUUUAUACCCAAGUGAAAUAGGAAGUCAUGGCUGGACCACUUAAGAGUUCCCAAAGAGUCAGAUGAACUUGAAAAAGUAAAAUCGGAAUAUACAUGAAUUAGAUUUAGUUCAUAAGAAUUUCUAGGGGUGCCAAUAAAGGUCAGAUUCUGUGAUAUUUUGAGUGUAAGAUCAAGCUGAUAAACAACAAUGAAAUUUUAUCACAACCAAUCAUUCAGGAGGGCACUGUACAUCAAUGUAUGUUUGGAAAUGUAUGUGUUUACAUCUCCCCACAUUUAACACAGUUCACCCCAACUAUGGCUUAUCCUUUGGUCAAUUUCAUUCAGUUCAACUACUGCACUUAACCUUACAUUACACACACAGACACACGCACGCACGCACACACACACAUAAACACACACACACACACACACAUAACACACACACAUAAACACACACACAUAAACACACACACAUAAACACACACACACAUACAACCUUUAUCCUCCUUUUCUGCCUUCUGGAUGACCCCAAACCCUCGCUCUAGUAACCUGAAGACACAGUGAGUCCCUUCGCUGUAUCUUUCUCCUCAAUCUAUGUCUUAAUAUCUUAUCUCUUAUCUAUAGUAUCUAUCCGCUCGAUUUCUCUCUCUCUCAUCUAUCUCGCGUUGCGUCUCCCUCUCUCGCUAUCUAGCUAGAGCUACUAUCCGGAGAUGCUCUCUCUCUCAUCGCUCUCUCUCUCUCUCUCUCUCUCUCUCUCUCUCUCUCUCUCUCUCUCUUCUCUCUCUCUUACUCAACCCUCUCUUCUCUCUCUCUCGCAAGCAAAAUGCCACAACCGUUUUCCACUGAGGGGUGAGAGAAUGUGCCCUGAGCAAACGGGGCCGAUUAGACCUACAUGACUCAUUGGAUCCAAUAGAGGGAGAAAGAGAGGAUGAGAGAGAGGGAGCUGGGCUUAAUUGUGCGAUGGGAGGCUAAAUGGAGUUAUGUAAUGUGAUGUGAGCGAUAUGAUGGCCACCCCUACCUCCCCCUCCUCAUCUCCUCCCUCCCUCCAUCCUUCCUUCCCUCCUUCCCAGAGACCUCGUCUGCAAUCUCAGCCCCGGCCUCCACUCAAAUUCACCCUCUCAGAACUCUACUCCUCCACACACACAACACACAGGAUUUCUCACUACAUGUACUUGUAGCCUACCCCUCGACUCCCCGUCUUAGAGCCCUGUUACACACCAUCAACUGAACCCUUAACGACCCAUUUCACCAAUUAAGCCACUACGCAACGCUACCAACAUAACACAAGAUUCUGAUCGGGAGUGUGUGUGUGUGAAUGAGCUACAGUACAUGUGUUUGGCUGUGGAUGUCCCUCUGUCCAUCGGCUAGCGUUGUGUGCGUGCAAAUGUGUGUGCGUUUGUGUGUAUAUCUGUGUAUGUCGUCAGCGAUGCAAGCCCUCUGUUCUCUGCAGUGUGUAUGUGCGUGUGUGUAUGUGUGUUAGGACCACCAUGGAGAGGGGUGGGGGUGGGGUUGUGAGGGGGGCCAUGUCUUCUGACGUGUCUGUUAUUGUUGUGUUGUCUCCCUCCUCAGGUUGUGUCGUGUCAUGCGUUUGUAUGUCGGCUCUUGUUGCUCUGUGUUACACUUGUCUGUCUGUCACGGUCCUCUCCCCAGUCUCUGUCCCUCCGUCCGUCCGUCUGUCCGUUGUGUGUCCUGUGUUUUCCUUUGUGCUCCCGUUGUUUUUGUUUUGUGUUGCCGUGUCCUCCUCUCCCUCCUGUGGCUCUUUACUCUGGUACGGUCUCCUCUUGCUUCCUCAGAGACACCAGUACAACUGCCCUGUUUAGCAGGGUACAAACAGUCACACAGCCAAUACACAAAUCCAAGAUACAGUAUAAUCCAAGAUAUACAAUUGGAGAAUACUGGGAGAAAGAAACUGUGACGCAUUUAAAUCCAGAUGAUUGGACCAAAUCAGUGUUAACAUGUUUGUGUCUAUAUAAACUGGUAGCAGAGUAAAAUCCACUGGUGUGUACUGGUUGAUUUCUUGAAGUGAAAGCUGGUUACUUCUCUCUCUUUUCUGGAACUGCCCUCCACUCUGAGAUGACCAGAACAUUGUUUCAUCACAGUACCAGGGGGGAGCCCAGGCCCUACGUGCUGGUCCAGGGUCAGUUCUUAGGACCUCAAUCCUCACCAUUCUCCUUUACAACCCUAAACCAAGACUGACUCUGGAUCAAAUCUUAUGCCUGCUCCCUAAUCCCCACCACCACAAAUGUCCCUAUACGAGUGGCAUUGCCUCAAGCUGUCAAGCUAUCGUAGUCUACACAGCAGUAUAUCUAUGAAUGUUAGUGGCUGGAGUGGGGGAUGCAUUUGGCUGUGCUGAAACACUGUUCACGAGUCUAGUGCUUCUAAGGUGUGCUUCAGUCCUAGUGGGAGAGCACUAAGGCCAGGCUAGAUCAAAACGUAUAGGUCUAGUCUAGAUACUGUACACACUUAGGGACUGACAGGCUGACCGGCACUGGGCAGGGGUAUAGGGCACCCCUCCACACACACAGUGUUACACACAGACACACUGGCAGACAGACUGGCAGACAGACUGGCAGACAGACUGAUUUACAAGUAGACAGACAGUCAGACAGACAGAUUUACAGACAGACCGACAGAGACUGGCAGACAGACAGACAGACAGACAGACAGACAGACAGACAGACAGACAGACAGACAGACAGACAGACAUACAGACAGACAUACAGACAUACAUACAUACAUACAUACAUACAUACAUACAUACAUACAUACAUACAUACAUACAUACAUACAUACAUACAUACAUACAGACAGACACACUGCUACGUGCAGUGCCAGGUAAGUGACGGUAGUAGUCGUACGGUCUGUGGGGACUAGCUGACUGGUUUUAGUGGUGACAGAGUGUGUUGAGCCACAGCCCCUGACGGCCCUUUAAUAAUAAUAGAAGCUUCCACACUCUAAAAGCGAAAAAAGCCAUCCUCCAAAGGUGCCCCAAAAUGGCUGCCGGCCUUCCGCUUUUAAAGUGGGAUAUAGUGCUUUAAACCUCCCCUUCUUCCCUUUCUUCCUCCUCCUCCUUCUGGCGCUUCUCCUUUGUUUAUGUGCCCAGAGUGGUUCUGCUGGUUUAUGGCUUUAUUUUAUUGUGGUUUAUUUUAUGACGCGUGCAGCUUUGACCUCUGUUGACAAAUGCUAAAGUGCAGAGGUCAGGAAAGGUUAAAGCUUGGAGGGUUGGGCUCCUUACGUCUAUACCCUGCGUCCCAAUAUCUGUCUUUACUCCCGAAGUGUGCACUUGUUCACUCCCCCUCAUGGAUUUAAAAGAAAAAGAUUGGUAUGCCUAAAACAUAUGGUGGAAACUCUGUCUAGAGCAAAUCCAAUGGUUACACAAAUCCAAUGCUUUUCAAAUGAGCACAAGCGUACACUUCGGAAGAAAGGACAUAUUGGGAAGCAGCCUUUCUCUCCCUCUCUCUGUAAUACUUUCCUCUUAUAAAUAUUGUGUGUAAUUGGUGUGUUUGAGGGUGUGUGUAUGGAUAUUGUGUUGUGUUUUAUGUACAUAUGAUGUGUAUAUAAUUUAUUUAUUGGUGGUUAUUAUUUUCGUGUCUGUAAUGUACUGUGGGGUUUUCUUUCUUGUGAGUUUUAUUUUUCACCUCCUUUCCUUCUUCAUCUUUACCGCUCUGCCACUCUCUCUCUCUCUCUCUUUCUGUGUCUCCUUUUUCUCCUUAUUUCCCACUGUUGCCAAGGGAACAGUGGAAGAGAGCAUUCUGGGACUUUUGUGCAAAGCAUUCUGGGUUAGAUUAUUAAAAUGAAUGAUUGCAUAAUUAUUUCACUUUAAUAAUGUGUAAAUAUGUUGAAAUGUGUAAAUAUGUUGUACUAGUAAGUCAUCAAAUCAGAAAAUACUACAUGUAGUCAUGCUCCCACGAUGCACUGAGUUCAAGUUGUAUUAUUAUUAUUAUUAUUAUUAUUUAUUCUACAGUGUUUGUUUAUCAUUUUAGUAUUUUGCUUUUUAUUCUCAUCAUGUACUAUUAAUUAGAAUGUAUUAUUUGGCGAAAGACCUCAUCAAAUCCAGAAGUGGCCUCUAUCCCUAUUAACCCUAAAGCAGACAGCAGUGAAGCAUCCGCCCAAAGGGGCCAGCUGGGUGAAUCACUCCCUAAGGACUCUUAUUGGAGCAGAGUGUCUUUGUCCUGUAAGAGCUGAUCCUGGACCAGGGUGAAUCCCCUCCCUAAGGACUCCUAGUGGAGCAGAGUGCCUUUGUCCUGUAAGAGCUGAUCCAGGAACAAAGUGUUCCCCUGGGGCUCUUACACUGAGAGCAGCUUGAGUGGCACUUACAGUCUGUUAGGCUCUGCUUUUAAACACUGGAGUAGUCCAUGGGUGCUUCCCAAAUGGCACCCUAUUCUCUAUGAAGUGCACUACCCUCUGUGCAAUGGUCAAAAGUAGUGCACUAUAAAGGGAAUAGGGUGCCAUAUGUGACGAGUGGGUUCGUUUAGAAUCAGGGGUCCGUUCAAUUAAUCUCUCUCUUGUGCACUGUUCCAGUUGAUCUCUUCUACCAUUGAUUUUCCCUCAUAGACACAAAGCACCACCGCCGUUAGGCUGCUGCUCUCUCUGUGCUGCACUCGGUAUCAUUGAUGGACGGAAGGAGAUGCCGUUCCAUAAUGGUGUUCUCUCUCUCUUCCCCUCUCCCUAUUUCUCUCUCUGCUUCUCACUGACUGUCUCCCUCUUUCUCUCUUUGCCACUUCCCCCCCCCCCCCCCCCCCCCUCUCUCUCUCCCCCCCCCCCCCCCUUCUCUCUCUGGCGCAAUAACCCAUACAUUUUAAUUAGCAAUCUCAUGGCACCUGUUUUGUUAUUCAAUGGCCUUUUAGAAUGGACUUUGAUUAUUGGCAGCAGACCAGAACCCUUUGCCUGAGGUUUGCCUCAGAAACACUGGAGGUCUAUAUACCUGGGUAUGUGCUGCAGUGAUGGUAAAACUGCAAAUUAAAGACAAAAAUAAUUUUGCGCUUAUAUUGCUAAUAUUGACCAUUGAACAACAGCUAAUAUAAAAAAUAAAUCCAAUGCUGUACAUGACAAUACACGCUCAACCCCCCUUGAUCUAAACCAAUAUGACGUAUUUUAGAAUCAGCAGGUGGAAAUACUGUAUGUAAAAUCAGGCAGGCACGAUUAUGCAUUAUGUCAACAAAUAGACUGGGACAUACUGUAUGUGACAGUGACAUAGAGUCCUGGAGGGUGUGUGUCUGUGCGUGCUUGUGUGUGUGUUAUUUAUUGUCAUAUCUCGGUCAUUGAAGCCAACAUGGAAUCAUCUCUACUGUAUAUACUCUGGUUAUCGUCUGUAUAUACAGAACAUAUAUGUGUAACAUACAUCUAUGGGUUAUGUUCAUUGUAGCAGUGUCAGUACAACAAACUGUUUCCUGUUUCUUAGAUGUGAUUGCGUCCAAUAUUACCUUAAUACUAAACUAACCUUUUUCACCUCAUAGAAUAUCUCUCUUUCUCUGUCUGUCCUGCCCCCCCUCUCUCUCUCUUUCUCUCAAUCUUACUAUUUUUCCCCCUCUCUCUUUUUUUCCCCCUUUCUCUCUCUCUUUCUCCCUCAAUCUCUCUUUUCCGCCCUCCCUCCUCUCUCUCACUCAUCUCUCUCUCUUUUUUUCUUAUUCUCUCUCUCUCUCUCUCUUCUCUCUCUCUCUCUCUCUCUCUCUCUCUCUCUCUCUCUCUCUCUCUCUCUCCCUCUCUCUCUUUCUCUCUCUUGGGCCACUAUCAAGGUACAAGCAAUAUGCAUGAGGAAAAGAACAGUAGGAUUAGAUUCUUCAAUCAGGAGGAGAUGUAGUAGGUUCAUUCAUUCAUCUAUAGUGCCCCUCUCCCUCUCCCCAUUGUAAGUAAUGUGUGUUCUGCAUGUGUGUUCAUGUAUGUUUCCAUGUGACAUAGCAGAGAGCUGGCCAUCUAGGCCCCAGCGUGGUUUCCUAUGAAUCAACUCAAUGUUCUUUGGGGAUAUGGUGUUUGUGUGUUAAAACGUGGUUCAGUUUGUCAUGCUAUGUCUGAUACAUACAGGUUUUGUACUGUAUGUAUGGUUACUGUAUCAAUUGUGUUGUUGUCUGUCAUACAUCCAUAAAUGUGAAAAAUGUGUUGCAAAUAUUGCCUUGGGUGAUUACAAAUCUACAUGUUGCUUCGUAAUGUGCCAUAACAAUAAUCAGCCAAUGCAAAUAUAUAAUACUUUGUAUAUAAUAUAUAAUACAAAAAAAGUGGGAACAUAAUAAGAAAAAUGUAUGCAAAUUAAGAUAUUUAAACCUAUUAAAUGAAAAUGUACUAUACUUUGGCAGUUUAAAACAAUCUACAGUAUAUGCAUGUAUUUAAGCUGCUUGCCACAGUGAUACUACAGUGAUACGGUACUACAGUGAUACCACAGUGAUACUACAGUGAUACUACACUAAUACUACAGUGAUACGAUACUACAGUGAUACUGUACCACAGUAAUACUACAGUGAUACGUUACUACAGUGAUACUACAGUGAUACUACACUAAACUAUAGUGAUAUGAUACUACAGUGAUACUGUACCACAGUAAUACUACAGUGAUACUACAGUGAUACUACAGUGAUACUACUAUAGUGAUACUACAGUUGUAUUACAGUGAUACUACACUAAUACUACAGUGAUACUACAGUUGUAUGACAUUGAUAAUACAGCACACAUUUUAUUGAACUCUAUUGCUACAAAGGUAUCUACUGCACAAUACUGGAGUAUAUAGCCUAUACAGUAUCUGACAUCAACUACCUGAGCAUGCAUAUUUAUUUACAUCCACUACCAACCAUCCAAACACUAGAUGUAAUACAAAAUGGCUGCCAUAACAAAGUAUAUAACAACUCUGAUAUUGGAAACCUUAUCUGCAUGUAGAUUUGCGCUGGGGGAAAUAUUUGCCCCCUUGUACCCCCUUGUUUUCCUCCCUCACUCCCCUCUUCCUCCCCCCUCCCCUCCCUCCCCCUCUCAGACUAACUUCCAUGUUCCGUUCCAUCCCAUCCCCAGGACAUCCCCAGUCAUUGCACCUGCGUAGCAUAACUAAAGUUUGACCUGAGGUACGUACAACCGACUAGCUUCCUGCCCUCCUCCUCUGUAAUACUAUCUUCACACUAUCAAGCCGACCCGAACCAUACUGCGCUGGCUCAGAUAUCUUCUUUUCACAUUGUCCUUUCCAGCAGAGUUCCAGCAACUGUAGUGGAUGCGUAACCACUAACCAGGCCAGCAUAGUACAGCUUGGUUUGGCUCGGCUCUGUUUGGCUUGGUAGUGUGAAAAGGGUAUAGGAGGAACAAGCUGGUAUGUCACGGCUUUGGCAGGAACAGUGCUGCAUUCUGCUGCAUUAAACAACCAGGCUUUGCCGUAAAGUCAUGUAGAGUGACGUGAAUGUGUUCAACCUGAUAUAUGUAAGGAUGCAAUGCAAGAAUGGAGUAGAAUGACAUCCAUUAGCUUUUACAAAUCUAAAAGUGAAUCCAAAUAGAUUUUUUAUAGUCUGAGAUCUAGUAGCAUUGAUAAUCUUUGAUGGUGAUGCACAUGCAUGUUCCGCAGAGCUCGGCAAUUGUGACCUGGAGGGGGCCAUGGACAAAACCUUGAUUCUGUGGUCAGUGAACCAUUUGCGUGUGGAUUCAGAGGUAUGCUUGGAUCAUUGUCCUGCUGGAUGACCAGUUUUAGCCUCCUCGGCAGGAGAGAGACAGACAGGUUUUGGCCUAAAAUCUCCUGGUACUUGAUGGAGUCCAUGAUGCCAUGUAUAACAGUUUCCCAGGGCAUUUGGAAGUAAAAACAGCCACAACAUCACAGGUCCACACCAUACUUCAAAAUGGGGAUUAGGGUAUUUUCUGCAGACCAAGGCUCUUUUUACGCCUGACCCACCUCUGGUUGUUGUUUGCCAAAAAGCCCUAGUUAGUCUCUCAGACCAUUAGACCUGUUCCAAUCAAUGUUCCAAUGACAUUUAGCAAACUCCAGGCGCAUACGCUUGUAGUGGUGACAGCAGAGGUGGUAACCCUUCCAAAUAGGUUGUUGCAUGGAGGUGGCGUCUAAUUGUAGUUUUGGAGAGUUGGUGACCCCAAGAAUGUAACCAACUGUGGAAUUCUCCAACUGAUCCUUGGAUAAUUUUUGCCCUCUGAACCAUCCUUCUCCUGGCAUGGGGGCAAAAUAGGUGCGUCCUCUUCCAAGGCAGGAUUAUCACAGCUCCAGUUGUUUUACAUUUCUUAAUUAUUGCCCCUAAUAGUGGAGAAGCUACAUGCCUGAAAAUCAUAUAUUUUAUAGCCAUUGCUGCUUGGUGAAGGUCAGCAACCUUUAAUCUAAUUUUAAUUUGUGGUUAUCUGGCCUUUCCCAGUUGAUGGAUGACUAAGGGAGUUUAGCCUGUGUGUCACCUCAUAUUUAUACCCCAGUGAAAUAAGGAAGCAUGGAUGGACAAUUAAGAGUUCCCAAAGAGUCAGAUGACUUUAAAAGUUAAAAUCGGAAUAUACAUGAAUUAGAUUUUGUUCAUAAGAAUUUCUAGGGGUGCCAAUAAAUGUGACACGCAGUUUUUGGUAAAAUAAUUAUUGUUGAUGACAUUCUUUCUUCUUUUGUUACUCACAUUAAAGGGUCAGAUUUCUAUGAUAUUUGAGUGUAGUCAGCUGAUAACAAACAACAAUGACAUUUUUCAAGCCUUUGUUUUCAUAUUACUAGGGUGGCCCAAUAAUUCAGGAGGGCACUGUACAUCAAUGUAUGUUUGGAAAAUGAUGUGUUUACAUCUCCCCACAUUUAACACAGUUCGCCCCACUAUGGGCUUAGCUUUGGUCAAUUUCCAUUCAGUUCAAAUACUGCACUUACCUUACAUUACACAAAACAGACACACACAACACACACACACACUCACAACCUUUGUAUCCUCCUUUUCUGCCCUCCAGAGACCCCAAACCCUCUAUCAGGUCCUGCAGACCAGGUAGUACUCUCUCUCUCUCUAUCUCGAUUCUCUCUCUUCUCCUCUCUCUCUAUCUCUCUCUCUCUCUCUCUCUCUCUUCUCUCCCUCACUCUUCUCUCUCUCUCUCUCUCUCUCUCUCUCUCGCUCUCUCUCUCUCAUCCUCUCUCUCUCUCUCUCUCUCGCUCUCUUACGCAACCCUCUCUUAUCUCUCUCUCUCUCUCUCCUCUCGCAAGCAAAAACGCCACAACCGUUUUCCACUGAGGGGUGAGAGAAUGUGCCCUGAGCGAACGGGGCCGAUUGGACCUACAUGACUCAUUGGAUCCAAUAGAGGGGGAAAGAGAGAGGGAGCUGGGCUUAAUUGUGCGAUGGGAGGCUAAAUGGAGCUAUGUAAUGUAAUGUGAGCGAUAUGAUGGCCACCCCUACCUCCCCCUCCUCAUCUCCUCCCUCCCUCCAUCCUUCCUUCCUUCCUUCCCAGAGACCUCGUCUGCAAUCUCAGCCCCGGCCUCCACUCAAAUUCACCCUCUCAGAACUCUACUCCUCCACACACACAACACACAGGAUUUCUCACUACAUGUACUUGUAGCCUACCCCUCGACUCACCGUCUUAGAGUCCUGUUACACACCAUCAACUGAACCCUUAACGACCCAUUUCACCAAUUAAGCCACUACGCAACGCUACCAACAUAACAAAAGAUUCUGAUCGGGAGUGUGUGUGUGUGAAUGAGCUACAGUACAUGUGUUUGGCUGUGGAUGUCCCUCUGUCCAUCGGCUAGCGCUGUGUGCGUACAAAUGUGUGUGCGUUUGUGUGUAUAUCUGUGUGUGUGUUUGUCGUCAGCGAUGCAAGCCCUCUGUUCUCUGCAGUGUGUAUGUGUGUGUGUGUGUGUGUGUAUGUGUGUUAGGACCACCAUGGAGAGGGGUGGGGGUGGGGUUGUGAGGUGGGCCAUGUCUUCUGACGUGUCUGUUGUUGUGUUGUCUCCCUCCUCAGGUUGUGUCGUGUCAUGCGUUUGUAUGUCGGCUCUUGUUGCUCUGUGUUACACUUGUCUGUCUGUCGCGGUCCUCUCCCCAGUCUAUGUCCUCUGUCCGUCUGUCCGUUGUGUGUCCUGUGUUUUCCUUUGUGCUCCCGUUGUUUUUGUUGUGGUUUUUGUUGUGUGUUGCCGUGUCCUGCUCUCGCUCCUGUGGCUCUUUACUCUGGUACGGUCUCCUCUCGCUUCCUCAGAGACACUAGUACAACUGCCCUGUUUAGCAGUGUACAAACAGUCACACAGCCAAUACACAAAUCCAAGAUACUGUAUAAUCCAAGAUAUACAAUUGGAGAAUUCUGAGAGAACAAAACUGUGACACACUUAAAUCCAGAUGAUUGGACCAAAUCAGUGUUAACAUGUUUGUGUUAUAUAAACUGGUAGCAGAGUAAAAUCCACUGGUGUGUACUGGUUGAUUUCUUGAAGUGAAAGCUGGUUACUUCUCUCUCUUUUCUGGAACUGCCUCCACGCUGAGGUGACCAGAACAUUGUUUCAUCACAGUACCAGGGGGGAACCCAGGCCCUAUGUGCUGGUCCAGGGUCAGUCCUUAGGACCUCAAUCCUCUCCAUUCUCCUUUACAACCCUAAACCAAGACUGACUCUGGAUCAGAUCUUAUGCCUGCUCCCUAAUCCCCACCACCACAAAUGUCCCUAUAUGAGUGGCAUUGACUCAAGCUGUCAAGCUAUCAUAGUCUAUACAGCAGUAUAUCUAUGAAUGUUAGUGGCUGGAGUGGGGGAUGCAUUUGGCUGUGCUGAAACACUGUUCACGAGUCUAGUGCUUCUAAGGUGUGCUUCAGUCCUAGUGGGAGAGCACUAAGGCCAGGCUAGAUCAACACGUCUAGAUACUGUACACACCUUGGGACUGACAGGCUGACCGGCACUGGGCAGGUGUAAAUGGCACCCCUCCACACACACAGUGUUACACACAGACACACUGGCAGAAAGACUGGCAGACAGACUGGCAGGCAGACUGACAGACAGACUGAUUUACAAGCAGACAGACAGUCAGACAGACAGACUUACAGACAGACUUACAGACAGACCGACAGAGACUGGCAGACUGGCAGACAGACAGGCAGACAGACUUACAUACAGACUGCUACGUGCAGUGCCAGGUAAGUGACAGUAGUAGCCGUGCGGUCUGUGGGGACUGGCUGACUGGUGUUAGUGGUGACAGAGUGUGUUGAGCCACAGCCCCUGACGGCCCUGUAAUAAUAAUAGAAGCUUCCUCCACACUCUAAAAGCGGAAAAAAAAGCCAUCCUCCAAAGGCGCCCCAAAAUGGCUGCCGGCCCUUCCGCUUUUUUAAAGUGGGAUAUAGUGCUUUAAACCUCCCCUUCUUCCCUUUCUUCCUCCUCCUCCUCCUUCUGGCGCUUCUCCUUUGUUUCUGUGCCCAGAGUGGUUCUGCUGGUUUAUGGCUUUAUUUUAUUGUGGUUUAUUUUAAUGACGCGUGCAGCUUUGACCUCUGUUGACAAAUGCUAAAGUGCAGAGGUCAGGAAAGGUUAAAUCUUGGAGGGUUGGGCUCCUUACAUCUAUACCCUGCGUCCCAAUAUCUGUCCUUACUCCCGAAGUGUGCACUUGUUCACUCCCCCUCAUGGAUUUAAAAGAAAAAGAUUGGUAUGCCUAAAACAUAUGGUGGAAACUCUGUCUAGAGAAAAUCCAAUGGUUACACAAAUCCAAUGCUUUUCAAAUGAGCUGGGGGAAAGCACAAGCGUACACUUCGGGAGAAAGGACAUAUUGGGAAGCAGCCUUUCUCCCGCUCUCUGUAAUACUUUCCUCUUAUAAAUAUUGUGUGUAAUUGGUGUGUUUGAGGGUGUGUGUGGAUAUUGUGUUGUGUUUUAUGUACAUAUGAUGUGUAUUUAUUUUCGUACCUGUAAUGUACUGUGGGGUUUUCUUUCUUUCUUCAUCUUUACCGCUCCUUCUCUUCUCCUCUCUCUCUUUCUUGUCUCCUUUUUCUCCUUAUUUCCCACUGUUGCCAAGGGAACAGUGGAAGAGAGCAUUCUGGGACUUUUGUGCAAAGCAUUCUGGGUUACAUUUACAUUUACAUCAUUUAGCAGACGCUCUUAUCCAGAGCGACUUACAAAUUGAUUAUUAAAAUGAAUGAUUGCAUAAUUCUUUCACUUUAAUAAUGUGUAAAUAUGUUGUACUAGUAUGUAAUCAAAUCAGAUAAUACUACAUGUAGUCAUCAAACCAUGCUCCCACGAUGCACUGAGUUCAAGUUGUAUUAUUAUUAUUAUUAUUAUUAUUUAUUCUACAGUGUUUGUUUAUCAUUUUAAUAUUUUGCUUUUUAUUCUCAUCAUGUACUAUUAAUUAGAAUGUAUUAUUUGGCGAAAGACCUCAUCAAAUCCAGAAGUGGCCUCUAUCCCUAUAAGCAGACAGCAGUGCAGCAUCAGCCCAAAGGGGCCAGCUGGGUGAAUCACUCCCUAAGGACUCUUAUUGGAGCAGAGGGUCUUUGUCCUGUAAGAGCUGAUCCAGGACCAGGGUGAAUCCCCUCCCUAAUGACUCCUAGUGGAGCAGAGUGUCUUUGUCCUGUAAGAGCUGAUCCAGGAACAAAGUGUUCCCUUGGGGCUCUUACACUGAGAGCAGCUUGAGUAGCACUUACAGUCUGUCAGGCUCUACUUUUAAAACACUGGAGUAGUCCAGGGGUGCUUCCCAAAUGGCACCCUAUUCCCUAUGAAGUGCACUACCCUCUAUGUGCAAUGGUCAAAAGUAAUGCAUUAUAUAGGGAAUAGGGUGCCAUAUGUGACGAGUGGGUUCAUUUAGAAUCAGGGGUCCGUUCAAUUAAUCUCUCUCUUGUGCGCUGUUCCAGUUGAUCUCUUCUACCAUUGAUUUUCCCUCAUAGACACAAAGCACCACCGCCGUUAGGCUGCUGCUCUCUCUGUGCUGCACUCGGAAUCAUUGAUGGACGGAAGGAGAUGCCGUUCCAUAAUGGUGUUCUCUCUCUCUCUUCCCCUCUCCCUAUUUCUCUCUCUGCUUCUCACUGUCUCUCUCCCUCUUUCUCUCUUUGCCACUUUGUCCUCUCUCUCCCCCUCCCUUCCCCCCCUAUUUCUCUCCCCCCCACCCCUUUCUUUCUCUGGCGCAAUAACCCAUUCAUUUGAAUUAGCAAUCUCAUGGCACCCGUUUUGUUAUUCAAACCAGGCUGUCUUGAUAAUCAAUGGCCUUUUAGAAUGGACUUUGAUUAUUGGCAGCAGACCAGAACCCUUUGCCUGAGGUUUGCCUCAGAAACACUGGAGGUCUAUAUACCUGGGUAUGUGCUGCAGUGAUGGUAAAACUGCAGAUUAAAGACAAAGAUAAUAUUGCACUUAAAUUGCUAAUAUUGACCAUUGAACAACAGCUAAUAUAAAAAUAAAUCCAAUGCUGUACAUGACAAUACACGCUCAACCCCCCUCGAUCUAAACCAAUAUGAUGUCUUUUAGAAUCAGCAGGUGAAAAUACUGUAUGUAAAAUCAGGCAGGCAUGAUUAUGCAUUAUAUCAAUGAAUAGACUGGGACAUACUGUAUGUGACAGUGACAUAGAGUCCUGAAGAGUGGGUGUCUGUGCGUGCUUGUGUGUGUGUGUGUGCGUGCAUGUGUGUGUGUGUUAUUUAUUGUCAUAUCUCAGUCAUUGACGCCAACAUGGAAUCAUCUCUACUGUAUAUACUCUGGUUAUCCUCUGUAUAUACAGAACAUAAAUGCGUAACCUACAUCUAUGGGUUAUGUUCAUUGUAGCAGUGUCAGUACAACGAACAGUUUCCUGUUUCUUAGAUGUGAUUGCGUCCAAUAUUACCAUAAUACUAAACUAACCUUUUUCACCUCAUAGAAUAUUUAUCUUUCUCUGUCUGUCCUGUCCUCCCCUCUCUCUUUCUCUCUCUCUCUCUCUCUCUCUCUCUCUCUCUCUCUCUCUCUCUCUCCUCUCUCUCUCCUCUCUCUCUCUCUCUCUCUCUCUCUCUCUCUCUCUCUCUCUCUCUCUCUCUCUCUCUCUCUCUCUCCGUCAUGGGCCACUAUCAAGGUACAUGCAAUAUGCAUGAGGAAAAGAACAGUAGGAUUAGAUUCUUCAAUCAGGAGGAGAUUUAGUAGGUUAAUUCAUUCAUCUAUAGUUCCCCUCUCCCUCUCCCCAUUGUAAGUAAUGUGUGUUCUGCAUGUGUGUUCAUGUAUGUGUCCAUGUGACAUAGCAGAGAGCUGGCCAUCUAGGCCCAGUGUGGUUUCCUAUUAAUCAACUCAAUGUUCUUUGGGGAUAUGGUGUUUGUGUGUUAAAACGUGGUUGAGUUUGUCACGCUAUGUCUGAUACAUACAGAUUUUGUACUGUAUGUAUGGUUACUGUAUCAAUUGUGUUGUUGUCUGUCAUACAUCCAUAAAUGUGAAAAAUGUGUUGCAAAUAUUGCCUCGGGUGAUUACAAAUCUACAUGUUGCUUCGUAAUGUGACAUAACAAUAAUCAGCCAAUGCAAAUGUAUAAUACUUUGUAUAUAAUAUAUAAUACUAAAAAAGUGGGAACAUAAUAAGAAAAAUGUAUGCAAAUUAUUAAAUGAAAAUGUACUAUACUUUGGCAGUUUAAAACAAUGUACAGUAUAUGCAUGUAUUUAAGCUGCUUGUAUUUAAUGCCACAGUGAUACUACAGUGAUACCACAGUAAUACUACAGUGAUAUGGUACUACAGUGAUACCACAGUGAUACUACAGUGAUACUACACUAAUACUACAGUGAUACGAUAUUACAGUGAUACUGUACCACAGUAAUACUACAGUAAUACUACACUAAUACUACAGUGAUACUACAGUAAUACUACUAUAGUGAUACUACAUGAUAUUACACUAAUACUACAGUGACAGUUGUGCGACAGUGAUAAUACAGUACACAUUUUAUUGAACUCUAUUGCUACAAAGGUAUCUACUGCACAAUACUGGAGUAUAUAGCCUAUACAGUAUCUGACAUCAACUACCUGAGCAUGCAUAUUUAUUUACAUCCACUACCAACCAUCCAAACACUAGAUGUAAUACAAAAUGGCUGCCAUAACAAAGUAUAUAACAACUCUGAUAUUGGAAACCUUAUCUGCAUGUAGAUUUGCGCUGGGGGAAAUAUUUGCCCCCUUGUUUUCCUCCCUCACUCCCCUCUUCCUCCCCCUUCCCCUCCCUCCCCCUCUCAAACUAACUUCCAUGUUCCGUUCCAUCCCAUCCCCAGGACAUCCCCAGUCAUUGCACCUGCGUAGCGUAACUAAAGUUUGACCCGAGGUACGUACAACCGACUAGCUUCCUGCCCUCCUCCUCUGUAAUACUAUCUUCACACUAUCAAGCCGACCCGAACCACACUGCGCUGGCUCAGAUAUCUUCUUUUCACAUUGUCCUUUCCAGCAGAGUUCCAGCAACUGUAGUGGAUGUGUAUCCACUAACCAAGCCAGCACAGUACAGCUUGGUUUGGCUCGGCUCUGUUUGGCUUGGUAGUGUGAAAAGGGUAAAGGAGGAACAAGCUGGUAUGUCACGGCUUUGGCAGGGACAGUGCUGCAUUCUGCUGCAUUAAACAACCAGGCUUCGCCGUAAAGUCAUGUAGAGUGACGUGAAUGUGUUCAACCUGAUAUAUGUAAGGAUGUAAUGCAAGAAUGGAGUAGAAUGACAUCCAUUAGCUUUUACAAAUCUAAAAGUGAAUCCAAAUGGAUUUUUUUAUAGUCUGAGAUCUAAUAGCAUUAAAAUAUUUGAUAGUGAUGCACAAUGCAUGUUCCACAGCAAGAAAGCUUCGGCAAUGCAUAUUGUGUGACCUCACAACUUCUUGGCCAAACUAUAGAUCACAUACCAGCAGGCCAGUUUCAAAUCAUCUUGUUUUAUGGCGUGUGUGUGUGUGUGCGUGCGUGCGUUCGUUCGAGUGUGUGUGUGAGCAUACAGUAUGCAUUUGUGUCAAAAUUAAGCUAAGAAACAAUGUUAAGUUCUCCAGAGUGCUAAUCAAACAAUAGGAGUUCCUUAUAAAGUCAAAACAAAAAUAAUGGAGUAGAGUAUUCAAAAAUAGAUAAUAUAUUUACAGUUUAUUGGCUAAUUUAUUAUUAUUAUUAUAAUUUUGCUCUCUUUGUUGAUAUGGUUUGACAUUUUUGGCGAUAAUUUAAUGAACUAUUUUUGCUUGCACUUGUGAAAGUAUUCACCCCCCUUGGCAUUUUUCCUAUUUUGUUGCCUUACAACAUGGAAUUAAAAUUGAUUUUUUGGGGGUUUGUAUCAUUUGAUUUACACAACAUGCCUACCACUUUGAAGAUGCAAAAUAUUUUUUCUUGUGAAACAAACAAGAAAUAAGACCAAAAAAAAAGAAAACUUGAGCGUGCAUAACUAUUCACCCCCCCCCCCCCCCAAAGUCAAUACUUUGUAGAGCCACCUUUUGCAGCAAUUACAGCUGCAAGUCUCUUGGGGUAUGUCUCUAUAAGCUUGGCACAUCUAGCCACUGGGAUUUUUGCCCAUUCUUCAAGGCAAAACUGCUCCAGCUCCUUCAAGUUGGAUGAGUUCCGCUGGUGUACAGCAAUCUUUAAGUCAUACCACAGAUUCUCAAUUGGAUUGAGGUCUGGGCUUGACUAGACCAUUCCAAGACAUUUAAAUGUUUCCCCUUAAACCACUUGAGUGUUGCUUUAGCAGUAUUGUUAGGGUCAUUGUCCUGCUGGAAGGUGAAUCUCCAUCCCAGUCUCAAAUCUCUGAAAGACUAAACAGGUUUCCCUCAAGAAUUUCCCUGUAUUUAGCGCCAUCCAUCAUUCCUUCAAUUCUGACCAGUUUCCCAGUCCAUGCUGAUGAAAAACAUCCCCACAGCAUGAUACUGCCACCACCAUGCUUCACUGUGGGGAUGGUGUUCUUGGGUGAUGAGAGUUGGGUUUGCGCCAGACAUAGCGUUUUCCUUGAUGGCCAAAAAGCUGACCAGAGUACCUUCUUCCAUAUGUUUGGGGAGUCUCCCACAUGCCUUUUGGCGAACACCAACUGUGUUUGCUUAUUUUUUUCUUUAAGCAAUGGCUUUUUUCUGGCCACUCUUCCGUAAAGCCCAGCUCUGUGGAGUGUAUGGCUUAAAGUGGUCCUAUGGACAGAUACUCCAAUCUCCGCUGUGGAGCUUUGCAGCUCCUUCAGGGUUAUCUUUGGUCUCUUUGUUGCCUCUCUGAUUAAUGCCCUCCUUGCCUGGUCCUUCAGUUUUGGUGGGCGGCCCUCUCUUGGCAGGUUUGUUGUGGUGCCAUAUUCUUUCAAUUUUUAAAUAAUGGAUUUAAUGGUGCUCCGUGGGAUGUUCAAAGUUUCAGAUAUUUUUUUAUAACCCAACCCUGAUCUGUACUUCACAGCUUUGUCCCUGACCUGUUUGAAGAGCUCCUUGGUCUUCAUGGUGCCGCUUGCUUGGUGGUGCCCCUUGCUUAGUGGUGUUGCAGACUCUGGGGCCUUUCAGAACAGGUGUAUAUAUACUGAGAUCAUGUGACACUUAGAUUGCACACAGGUGUACUUUAUUUAACUAAUUAUGUGACUUCUGAAGGUAAUUGGUUGCACCAGAUCUUAUUUAGGGGAUUCAUAGCAAAGUGGGUGAAUACAUAUGCACGCACCACUUUUCCGUUAUUUAUUUUGUAGAAUUUUUUGAAGUAAUUUUUUUCAUUUCACUUCACCAAUUUGGACUAUUUUGUGUAUGUCCAUUACAUUUACAUUUAAGUGAUUUAGCAGACGCUCUUAUCCAGAGCGACUUACAAAUUGGUGCAUUCAACUUAGGAUAGAUCCAAAUAAAAAUCCAUUUAAAUUACAGGUUGUAAUGCAACAAAAUAGGAAAAACGCCAAGGGGGAUGAAUACUUUUGCAAGGCACUGUAUCUCUAUCUCUCUCUGUCUCUUUCUCUCUGUCACCCCCUAGUUGUAAGGUGCAUGUUGCAUGGCGUGUUGGUUGCUGUGAAGGAGGUGAUCUGGGUAACGUUAGAUGAACAGUACGGCAAUAGCCAUUAGCCAAUCAAAUUGUCACUACCAACCACAUAUUCGCCUAUCUAUUCAUUGUAUUUACACAUAGCCUAGUUCUAAGUCAUUAUAUAGGGCCGGGAGUUUUGUCCAGACAACCUGAUCCAACCAAGAAAAACCCAAGGCUCUAGUUCAGAGUUAAAAGCUAACAAGGGCCCAGAGUUUUUCCCAACCCUGUGACCUGACAAAGGAAAACCUCCCGGCCCUGUAUCGUGAGAUUACAAUUCCACAAAUUAAUCAUUACGCUAGGUAUGGCUGGAAUCCAUCCAAUGGUUACCAGCCGUUACCAAAGGCUACCAGUGGUUACUCAUGUUUAACACAUUGUUCUUUCCCACCUCAACCUUUCCUGACCAGGGCCUCCGUCCCGGUCCUAUCCUGGUCACAGCGAGCUGAGCUAA